GAGGGUCCGGCCACGUGACGCCCGCGGCCCGGGGCGGCCAGGCGGGAGCGCGGCCCCGGAGGCGGCGGCGGGGGGCGCGCAGCCCGGGCCGCGGGGCCGGCCGUCGGGGCGCGCCAUGGAGAAGCUGGCGGCCGGGCUGGCCGGCCUGCGCUGGAGCAUGGGCGCCUUCCCGCUGGACCUCAUCGUCAGCCGCUGCCGCCUGCCCACGCUCGCCUGCCUGGGGCCAGGGGAGUAUGCAGAGGGCGUCAGUGAACGGGACAUCCUGCUCAUCCACUCCUGCCGCCAGUGGACCACAGUGACGGCCCACACCCUGGAGGAAGGCCACUAUGUCAUCGGGCCCAAGAUUGACAUCCCCCUGCAGUACCCAGGGAAGUUCAAGCUCCUGGAGCAGGCCCGCGACGUGCGGGAGCCGGUGAGGUACUUCAGCAGCGUGGAGGAGGUGGCCAGCGUCUUUCCCGACCGCAUCUUUGUGAUGGAAGCCAUCACCUUCAGUGUCAAGGUGGUGUCGGGAGAGUUCAGCGAGGACAGCGAGGUGUACAACUUCACGCUGCACGCGGGCGACGAGCUGACGCUGAUGGGCCAGGCGGAGAUCCUGUGCGCCAAGACCCCCAAGGAGCGCUCGCGCUUCACCUCGCUGCUGCGCAAGCUGGGCCGCGCGGGGGCGCUGGCCGGGGUGGGCGGGCCGGGGGGCGCCGGGGCCGCGGGCGGGGGCCCCAGGCCCGUCAAGGGCAAGAUGCCCUGCCUCAUCUGCAUGAACCACCGCACCAACGAGAGCCUGAGCCUGCCCUUCCAGUGCCAGGGCCGCUUCAGCACGCGCAGCCCGCUGGAGCUGCAGAUGCAGGAGGGCGAGCACACGGUGCGCGCCAUCAUCGAGCGCGUGCGGCUGCCCGUGAACGUGCUGGUGCCCAGCCGGCCGCCGCGCAACCCCUACGACCUGCACCCGGUGCGCGAGGGCCACCGCUACAAGCUGGUCAGCAUCAUCUCCAAGACGGUGGUGCUGGGGCUGGCGCUGCGCCGCGAGGGCCCGGCGCCGCUGCACUUCCUGCUGCUCACCGACACGCCGCGCUUCGCGCUGCCGCAGGGCCUGCUGGCGGGGGACCCGCGCGUGGAGCGCCUGGUGCGCGACAGCGCCACCUACUGCCGCGAGCGCUUCGACCCCGACGAGUACUCCACCGCCGUGCGCGAGGCGCCCGCCGAGCUGGCCGAGGACUGCGCGCCCCCGCGCCGCGCGCGCCUCUGCCUGCCCGCGCCCCCGCGCGGCCCCGCGCUCGCGCCCGCGGCCCCCGCCCGCGCCCCCAGCCCUCCCGGCGACGGCGACCAGGAGUACGUGAGCCCCGACUGGGCCGGCGCGCCCGAGCCCGCCGCCGCCGCCUCGCCCGCCGAGAUCCCCUACGAGGAGCUGUGGGCGCACCAGGCGGCCGAGGGCCCGGCGGAGGGGCGCCCCCGGCCGCCCCCGGGGCCCGACCUCAUCAACUUCGGGACCGGACCGCCUUGCCCCGAGCUCGAGGCGCCGCCGCCGCCUCCGGUGCCGCCCAAGUCCGAAGCUGUGAAGGAGGAGUGCCGCCUUCUCAACGCCCCGCCCGUGCCUCCCCGGGGUGGCAGCGGCAGCGGCUGGCUCCCUGGCAGCCCCCCAGUGCCCCCACGCUUCCCCAAGCUGCAGCCUGUCCACUCGCCCAGCUCCAGCCUCUCCUACUACUCCUCUGGCCUCCAGGACGGCACGGGCCCCCGCAGCGGCAGCGGCUCCCCGUCGCCGGAUGCCUACUCCCUCUACUGCUACCCGUGCACCUGGGGAGACUGCACAGUGGGCGAGACCUCCAGCCGCCCCCCGCCGCCGGGACCCCUGCCCUCCACCACGCAGCCCAGCCAGGCCCCACGGGCCCUCGCCGAGCCCCUGGGCAGCCGAGCUGCCGCCCUCUUGGGGGCUGACACCCCUGUCAAGGCCCACCACGGCUGCCCGCCGCCCCUUCUCAAGCCCUCGCACCCCCAGAAACGCUUUGCUCCGUUUGGAGCCCUCAACCCCUUUUCCGGGCCUGCCUACUCCUCAGGCCCUUCGGCGGGCUCCUCUUCGGGGCCCACGACCGCCUCGGCUGCCCUGGCUACCUCCAGCCCCGCGUAUUCCCCAGGCCCCGGCUCUCCAGGCCCGGCCUAUGCGGCUGCCCCCGCCGCCUCCUGCCCCACCUCCUCCUCCUCUUCCUCCGAGUGGCAGGAGUCGGCCCUGGAGCCCUUUGACCCCUUCGAGCUGGGGCAGGGUGGUUCUCCAGAGCCUGAGCUGCUGCGCUGUCAGGAGCCCAGGGCUGUGGGGGUGCCUGGGCCUGGACCCCGCCUCUCACCUCUUGGACCCCCCAAGGCCUUCGAGCCCGAAGGUUUAGUGCUGCGGCAGGUCCCCGCUCCACUGUCACCAGCGGCCCCCAAGGGGCCCAAGGCGGGUGGAGCACGCCUCCUCCUCACCCCAGGGCGCCUGGAAGGGCCUCCUCCUGCCAGUCCCCGGGAGGGCGCCGCGGGCUGGGGAGGCCGGGAGGCGCCCUGGCAGCCCCCCGCAGACCUGUCUGCACUCUCCGUGGAGGAGGUCUCCCGCAGCCUGCGCUUCAUCGGGCUCUCCGAGGACGUGGUGAGCUUCUUCGCCCGAGAACGCAUCGACGGCAGCAUCUUCGUGCAGCUCAGCGAGGACAUCCUGGCUGACGACUUCCACCUCACCAAGCUCCAGGUCAAGAAGAUCAUGCAGUUCAUCAAAGGCUGGCGGCCCAAGAUCUGACCUUCCCGGCUGGCAGCUGCGCAACCGGGAGGCUGGCACGGAGGCCCGAGGCCAGCCGUGCUCUGCGGGGGACGGCGCUCCCAGAGGCAGGUGCUGCCUGGGAGGAUGCUGAGUAGCCGCUCUGUGAAUCCAGGGGAGCCACACUUGGAAAUGGAGUCCUCUGGGACCAGACCCCCGCGGGGGGACGGCUUGCCUUUGAGUGAGCAGAGUACGCGGGGAGAGGAGCGGAGGCCCCAGGCCGCACCUGCACCUGGCGAGGCACUGGCUGACUCCCAUGUGGGGUCAAAAGCUGGCCUUCGUGGUGACCUAGCACUGCCCCCCACGCCGAAGAUCUUCACAGACAACUCGCACUUUGUUUGUAGGUGCCGGCUAGCAGGAAGAGAGCCGUAAUUUAAGCACAAAUCCCCCAAGUGCCCUCUCUCCUCUGUGCCCUGGGGACUUCUGGCCUAAGCUGCCCCCGGGGUCGGGGAGCCAAUUUCAGGACCUCUGCGAUGCCUUCCCUGCCCCUCUGCUGCACCACGAGUAGGUCCCCCGCCCUGAGCACAAGCGGAUCAAGUACAAGCCCGUGCCGUUCACCUUGGGCCCCAGGCCGGGUUCUGGUUCGUGGGCGAUGGCUUAGGAACAGCACAGCGCUGCCGUUGAUGUAUGUAGCUCGUCGGAAGCAGAUGCCUACUGACACCCUGGGUUCCCCUGAGCUCAGUGCAACUGGCCCUCGCCUGCCAGGUGGGCCCAAUCUGCGAAGGCUCUGGCUCCAGGGAAGAGCAGGCUGAUCCUUGAUUCUGACACGUGGCUUUCAAUCACUCCCACUUGCACUGGUCUCCUGCCUCCAUCACUUGACUCUGGCAAACACCUGGUGUCCUCCCCUGGUUUCCUGUCAAUAGUGCGCAGGUGGGGUGGCUGGGAGGAAGCAAUGACUUGGGAAGACCUGCCUUUGCCCACGUGUUUUAGGGCCCGUCUUUGGGCCCUGAUCUCGAGCGUUCCGUGGCACCCAGGGCAGGUUGGUCAUUGUGUACACCCCAAGCGCUUCCCGACUCGCCUACCCGGACCACAUUAAUUCUCAUGCUCACUAGUGCCAGGCCCCGGAGGCACCAGCCUUCUGCCUUACCCAGUCACCUAGAUAUUUAUUUCCUGCCUUGAGAAUAGCAAAGCCAUGUUGGUGCCGGUGACCCCAGCAGGCUUCCCCAGCUCUGGGGGAAGGGAGUCAGGAACAGCACUGAAGCAGAUGCAGAGACAUUUGGUUUCCUUGCUGAUCGGGUAAAGGACUCGUGAAAUAAACGCUAGACGCUGAGGACAGUGCCAGCGCAACUCC